AUGGCUGAUUCUCAAAGGCAUUUUCUUGUUGCCAAGAUUAAUAAAAUUCUUUAUUUUUCCUUUCCUAUUUUUAUUUCUCUUCUAUUUCACUCUCUCUCUCCGACAUCCCCCUCUCUCUCUCUCUCUCUCUGUUUCCUUUAUUACGAUUUCUCUCUUUCCUCUUGCUUUUUAUUUCUUCCGCUGUUAGCAUUUUUAUUGUUCUUGUUCUUUGUAUUCUCUUUUCCAUUUUUUAAAAUCUACUAUCUCUCUUCUUUCCCCUCUCUCUGUUGUUCUAUUUCCCACUUAUUCUGCAUUCUCUAUUGUAUUCCCUUGAUCUCUCAUUCUUUCACUCCUUCUUCUUUUUUCUUUUAUUGUUCUUUUAAUCAUUCUACCUCACUCUCUCCAUUUUCGCAAUUUCACUUUUCUACCCUCUUUUCCUUUUCUUUCUUUGCAUUCUUUCUGUUUCUCUCUUUUUUUCUUAUUGCCUUUCUUCGUUUCUCUUAUUUGCCUUUUGUUCUCUUUCUCUUUCUCUCUUCCCUUCUCACUCCAUCUCUUUCAUAA